GGCACUCAGCUGACGGCUGCAUUCGGAAGUGCAAGGAACUGUGACAGAUUACGAUUACUACACGAGUUCAGGUACGAUCCCACUGACUCUGCUCUUCCAUUCGUGCCGCGUGUGGGUGUUUCGAGAUAAUCUUGCAGACCUUCUUCUUCUUCGCGUUGUAUUUCUUUUUCUGUCGUCCUCAGUUUCUUGAUCAUUCGCACGAGACUGUUCGCGUCUCUGGGGGUAGUUGGAGUGAAAUUUUUCAUUUGUUUUUAUUGAUUUUCGAAUCUUUUUCUUUUGGAGGGUGAAGAAAGAAAGUGUAUAUCAGGUUCCUCUUGGAUUCUGUACUGGACUGGUAUAAGUAACUUUAGAUUUGUAAUGGAAAUAUUUUUAUUUCAAUUUUAUUUUCAUACAUAUAUUUGUUUUUUGAUUGUCUUUCUUUGGAAAGUACGUGUUUUAGGUUGUUGCACAGGUAUAAACUUCUUUUUAAAAAUUUCAGUUAAAAAUUAAAAUUAAAUUUUUUUUUAUUAUUGUUUAAUAUUGAUGAAGAAUUCUUAAACUGAAAAAUUUUAUUGUCAAUUAAAAAUGUCAUCUGCGUGUACGUACUCACAGAAUACGAUGUCAUAAAAGUUAAUCAAUGUGUAAUUCAGACUGAAAUUAGAAUUUUCUACUCAAAUUGAAAAUGUUCGGCAAUCAUCGAAUCUUCGAUAAGAGUACAUGAUUCUUUGAUAAGGUAGAAAGUAGAAUACAGGAUUGAUGAAACACUAAUGUUAUAAAAUAUCGAAUUUCAUUUCUUAAGAUUCCAAGAUGAAUAUUUGCUGUUAAUUCAAAGACAAACAUCGUGAUUUUAUCGAUAUUAUUUGGUUAAUUUUAGAUAAUAGGCAGCAAAUAUUUUAUCUUUGUUUUAUUAAAACUUAACCUAAACGCUUAAAACACACGGAACGAAAGAUUCUCUGCUAAUUCUACAUAUUUUAAAUGUGACGAAUAUUACAAACGAUUGCACAACUUAUGUAUCGAGCGAAAAAAAUGAUCUUUAUUGCAACACGUUUUCCUUUUUUUUUUUAUUGCACAAUCGACUAGAGAUUUUGCAAUCUUUAUCUUACAAAAGUUUCGAUUAAAUUAAAGUUUUUAUAAUAGCUGGCAAUUACAAAUACGUUUGUUAAAUUGUACUUAAUCUCUUGGUAUGAGAGAUUACGGACGAAAGAAUUUAUGGAUGUACUACUUUCACGUACGUAGUCAUCUCGUGCAUUUAUCAGCCACUGGAAAAUUACUUUCCUCUAUGGGGAAAUGGCCGAUAUCCGCACGUGUCUUUAACACAUCUUAAUAUUACAUUAAUCUUUAAAUGUGCAGGAAGAUUAAAAGAAUUUUUCAAUUGAAAAAGAAUGUUAGCACGACCGACAACCAAAAUAUUUGCAUUAGAGAAACUAAGGUGCAAAAGUAUAUAUAGGAAUAAAUCGAAAAAUUUAUUUAUUCUAUAUUAUUUAUAUCAUUUCUAAAUAUUAUUUCAUUUUACAUGUUAACACUGUCAUCACGUUUUCUUCUUCUAGGCUUCGAUCACGAAGUUGUACUAAAUCAUUUUCAAGUAUGGCCGAAUCUUUGGAACAGAUGCCAAAAUCUGAAACGAUCAGACUUCGAGAUCGUUACGUUGGACAAGCGUGUAAAUUAUUUUACAAAUCGAACCCGUUGAAGAUCGUUCGAGCUGAAGGACAAUACAUGUACGAUGAAAGGGGCAACCGCUAUUUGGAUUGCAUUAACAAUGUCGCUCAUGUGGGUCACUGUCACCCAUCGGUGGUGCGUGCCGGCCAGGAUCAAAUGGCUAUGCUCUCCACCAACAACCGUUUCCUCCACGACAAUUUGGUAAUCUGUGCUCGACGUUUGACCUCGUUCCUUCCGGAACCACUGUCCGUCUGUUUCCUGGUGAACUCGGGCAGUGAAGCCAACGAUCUCGCGCUUCGUCUCGCUCAGACGCACACGAAGAACAAAGACAUCAUCACUCUAGACCAGCGCCUUGCCCGGAUGUUUAUCGAGGGAAGUACCGCGAGGCUGACCAUCCCGACGAAGAUCUAGGGGAGAGGUACGCCGAUGACGUGAGGGUCAUCUGUCAGAAUCUGAAGAACAAAGGGAAAGAUGUCUGCGCUUUCAUCGCUGAGAGCUUGAUGUCCGUCGGUGGGCAAAUUCUGCCGCCGCAGAGUUACUUCAGAAACGCGUACAGACACGUUCGAGAAGUUGGUGGUGUUUGCAUCGCGGAUGAGGUCCAAGUUGGAUUCGGAAGGGUUGGUAGCCACAUGUGGGCCUUCCAGCUCUAUGGCGAAGACGUUGUCCCGGAUAUAGUGACCAUAGGGAAACCAAUGGGCAACGGACACCCAGUGGCUGCGGUGAUUACCACCCCAGCCAUUGCCGAAAGUUUCAAAAACACUGGAAUAGAAUAUUUCAACACGUAUGGCGGGAAUCCGGUGUCCUGCGCUAUAGCGAACGCCGUGAUGGAGGUGAUCGAGCGAGAGAAUCUUCAAGAGAACGCUCUGCUGGUUGGCAAUCAUCUGAUGUCGGAAUUGAGGAAGUUGGCCAAGCGACGAAAGAUUAUCGGUGAUGUGCGUGGUGUUGGCUUGUUCGCGGGCAUCGAGUUGGUGCGUGACAGGGUCACGAAGAUCCCGGCGACCACGGAAGCGAAGCACGUGGUCUCCAGAAUGAAGGACAGGAAGAUUCUAAUCAGCAGCGACGGCCCGGACGAUAAUAUCUUGAAGGUGAAACCGCCAAUGGUGUUCACGAUCGAAAAUGUGAAUCACUUGGUAUCAACCUUGGACGAGAUCCUUGAAGAAGUAGAUAUCGGAGACAAGGAGAAUUACGAAUCAACGACCACGAUUUUGAAGGCGACAAUUUCCAAAAUGGAUGUCGACACGGAUAACACCACCUGUCCAAGCACGAAAUCAUUGCUUGUACGCGCUAAUUAACGAUUAAUUCAUACUAAAUUUAUACAUAUUUAUAAAACGCUUUCUAUUUAAGAUAUUAUUAUUCGUGAGCUGAAUGAUUAUUGCCAGAUCUGUUGUGCAUGGUUUUAGAAUGGAGGAUAUAAUGUAUGUACAUGUAUGAACAGAGUUAUUAGUGAGAGAUGAGACUUUAAUUAAGACGAGUAUAUAUUUUAAUAAAAAUCAAUGUCGAGAAAUAUACCACAUUUUUACGUAUCUGUCCAUUUGAUUAUUCUUUUCUGUUUGAACUCUCUUCCCCGACCUUGAACAAAACAAAAUUGAACGCCAUCGUUGGUAUUGAACAUCAUUGAAAUUAAAUAGAUGUUGUCGUCUA